GACCACCGGCAGCGGGUGGCAAUUGGCACCAUUCCGGCAGAGAAUGGUGCCAAUUGAUUUAAGGGAAGUACCUUCCCUUAAAUCUCGAGGGAGACCUGGAUGAGACCUGGAGUUGGAGACCUGCAAAUUGCAGGUCUCCAACUCCAACUACCCUCGAGAUUUAGAUAGAUAAAAAAAAUCGUGAACACCUGCUCGCUGACACGUGUUCACGAAAAUCGUGAACACCUGUCACCUGUCAGCAUUAUAUCGAGCAGUGAGAGAGGAGGCGGCGCAUAUAUUUAGGAUGGGAAGCGGGAACCUCAGGCAUCUUUUACUGGAAACUAAUAGGGAUGUUGUUUCAUAGUCCUUGGAUGUUGGAAAAGAGAAACGCAGAUAACUUUACUGUUAGCAUAUCCACCAGUCUGAGAAGUAUCGCUCUUAUUAAGAUAGAUCCGACACAGGUGUGGGGAAGCGUUGAAAUCAAUCUCGUGCGCGGAUGGGAGUCAAAACAGAUUCCGACCCGUCUUGUUUCAUGUUUGACCAUUGUUCUCGACUUUGACCAUUGUUUUGGAUCUUUGAGAUGUGCAGAAUGAACAAAAGGCUAGGCAAAGGUGAGACAGGUCUUCCCAAAAAGUGGAGCAAAGCUUCUUCGAGAGGCAAGGGGGGGCCCGAAAACUUUUCGUGCGAGUACAAGGGAGUGCGCCAACGGACUUGGGGCAAAUGGGUAGCUGAGAUACGGGAUCCAGGGAAAAGAAGUAGAGUGUGGUUGGGUACGUUCAACACCAAAGAGGAAGCUGCAGCGGCUUACGACCGGAAAGCUUUACAAUUCUUCGGGCCUAAUGCUCACUUCAAUUUGCAAAGUUCCCAAUUAGCCCCUAAGUCUAAUCAGAACGCCGUAUUUACGCCAUUGUUCUCUGUACCUCCUCGAACUUUGUUCUCAAGAACAGAUCCAUAUCCUCAAGUUUCUGAAGCUUAUGAGAUACCUCCUCAGCCGCUGAAAGUUGAAACAAAUUUAUGUGAAAAUUUCGAAGCAUUGUACACGGGUUCGAACGAUGCUAGCUUGCUUCAAGAGCCGUUUAUAAACUUUCCAGAUAAAGACAUUGAAGAACUUCCACCAUUGCACACUCAUUCCGUCAUCGAUGAAACUCAAGAUUUUUUCAUACCUCUACAAGUCAAAGGUUUGAAAAAAAACGAAGAACUUCCGGCGUUAGACGUCGACUGCGAAAAUUUGGACAAGCAGCCAGAUUUUGACUUCGCAUCCUAUUUGAACGAAAUCGCAUUCAAAUACGAUGGACCUCGAUGAGAGACUGAUCUUUAAUAUCAUGUGGCGAUUUAUAUCUGGCCAGAGCCUCAACACAUAUUGGGAAUAAGUUUCUGUUUUCACAUACGGGCACCGAUAAAGAAGAAUAUGACAAAGCACACGAGAUUCUUGUGUGCAUGAUCUUCAAUGCAUUCCUCUUUUGCCAGGUCGUGGUGGUUGUUCUUGGUAUGGGAGCAGCUGCCCUCAUGGCGCUCGUGAGCAAAUUCCAGACGUCGCAGCUUGCUGAAGAGCACCGGCAUGCUUCUCGCUUCUUCAAGCGACUGGGAGCUGAUGUGGAGGCCACCUUACAGGUUGCUCCGCAACUGCGCGGAGAAGCAUCUAUCUACUGGGAGCAGUCGAUCGCCACCGCGCAUGCUCAUGGCUGUCCAGGGUUUGUACC